GGCGGCAGGGCGAGAGGACGCGCGCAGUGGCUAGACGAUGGCCUUCCAGGUGGCGGGCCCGGACAAGGCGCCGCCGAGCUGCCUGCAGCCCUUCCUGGACCCGGAGGAGGCGGAGGAGGCCGAGGACGGGCAGCUGCUGGAGCCGGAGGCCUGGAGGACCUACACGGCGCGCCGCAACGCCCUGCGGGAGUUCCUGACCUGCGACCUGAGCGCCCAGCUGCUGAAGCGCCACCACGCCCGCAUGGAGCUGCUGCGCAAGUGCUCCUACCACGUGGAGAUCCUGCCCAAGCACCUGGCCCUGGGCGACCAGAACCCGCUGGUGCUGCCCAGCACCGUCUUCCAGCUCAUCGACCCCUGGAAGUUCCAGCGCAUGAAGAAGGUGGGCACCGCGCAGACCAAGAUCCAGCUGCUGCUGCUCGGGGACCUGCUGGAGCAGCUGGACCGGGGCCGCGCCGAGCUGGACGCCCUGCUGGAGUCGCCGGACCCGCGGCCCUUCCUGGCGGGCUGGGCGCUGGUGGAGCGCCGGCGGGCGGACCUGUCAGCCGCCAUGGACAGCUUCCUGGCCCUGACGGUGCCGGGGCGGCUGUACAUCAGGCACCGCCUGGUGUCCGACGUCGGCGCCACCAAGGUCCCGCACAUCCGGCUCGUGCUCAGCACCAAGAUGCCCGUCAUGUUCGACCGCAAGGAGUCGGUGGCCCACCGGGACUGGGUGGCGCUGCGCUGGUUCGUCACCGUGCAGCCGGCGGCGCCGGAACCGUUCGAGCUGCGCUUCAAGCUGCUGGACCCGCGGACGCCGCAGGAGCACCUGCAGCGGGGGCUCGUCCCGGUGGCCGCCUGCAGCUUCGAGGUCCACAGCCUGCUGCCCGGCCGCGUCUACAAGUUCACGGUCAAGAGGGCCGAGAGCUACACGCUGGUGUACGAGCCCUGGCAGGACAGCCUCACCCUGCAGACCAGGCCUCGGACGCCCGACGGGCCCGUCCCCGGUCGGCUGGGCAGGCCGGGCCGCCCCUGA